GGAGGGGGUACUGCACGCUGACGCUAUCCCUCUCAGGAAGCGGAGAAACCGCUGAGAUUCUUUGAGAUAGUUUUGUAUCCCGAAUUUUUUUUUUUACAUAUAUAUAUAUAUAUAUAUUUUCAUGGUUUAGUUUGUGUUAAUAAUGCUGGAUGGUCGUUCCGAUGAGAUUCACCAAGGACAUAUGCAGGCUGCUAGGGAUCGGCAGCGGUGAGGAACCCGUCUGGGAAAGUUUGUUUCCCUUCAUUAAUGCCCCCACUGAGCGCAGGGAGGAGCAUAUGGAUUAUGGGGAAGGGACUUUGGACAACAGUGCAAGAGGCAUGACACUAAUACAGGAUGAAGGGAUGAGCCUGGAGGAGAGUCUCGGUGAGGAGGAGCGAGCCAGACGGAAAGCAGAAAAACGGCGGGCCAAAAAAAAGCGACAGAGGGAAAGAAAGAAACUGGAAAAGGUAAAAGAGAGCGAAGACAACGAGCAGGAGGAAGAAGAAGAGGAAGACGAGGAGGAGGAGGAGAGUGAGAGUGAGGAGGAGGCUGAGGAGGUGAGAGAGCCGGUCUCGCACAGCAUGGGGAGAGCCACACAGCCGCUGGCUGCCACAGGGAACAAGAACAACCACCAAUCCAACCCCAGCUCCACCGAGGAGGAGCUGGAGUGGGAUGUAAACAGCGCCUUUGUAGCCAAUGCUGCCAGUCACAUCAAACCAAAGAGCCGAACCAAAAUGAGUAGCAAAUCCAAAGAAAACAAAGAGAAUGAGGCCAAAACUGGAGAGGUGAAUGGUACAGACACAGGCAUAAAGAGGAGCACACCUUUGGCAGAAAAAGGGAUCAAGUUGGUGGAGCAAGGACAGUAUUCUCAGGCAGUCACUAUGUUUACAGAAGCAAUCAAAUAUGAUCCAAAGGAUUACAGGUUUUUUGGGAAUCGCUCGUACUGUUAUGAAUGUGUGGAGCAGUACAACUCUGCACUCGCUGAUGCUGAAACAUCAAUCCAACUUGCUGCUGAUUGGCCAAAGGGCUAUUUCCGGAAAGGGAGAGCAUUAAUGGGGAUGAAGAGGUACAGCGAGGCAGUGAAAGCCUUGAGUGUGGUGCUGAAGCUGGACCAGAACUGUGAGGAUGCUGUGAAUGAGAUCUUCAACUGCAGAGUCCUUCAUCUCAUGGAGCUGGGGUUUAAACUGCAGCAGAGCAUUCUCCUCUUAAACAGGUUCACCACAGUGCAGGGAGUCCUGGCCUCUCCUGAAGCUGCCAAAGUGGCAGCUGACCUGGACUCUUUGCUGGACCAAUCUAGAAACCCUUGUGCCUCUCUCUGGGUGGGGAACGUGACGGUUGAUGUAAAGGAGAAACAGCUGCGAGACCUGUUCAAAAGUUAUGGAGAGAUCGACAGUAUUCGUGUUCUCCAUGAGAGAUUCUGUGCCUUUGUGAAUUUCAUAAGCGCAACGGCAGCGGCCACAGCAAUGGAGAAGCUGCAGGGCAAGGAGAUUGAGAGCACCAGGCUGGUGAUCCGCUACCCAGACAGACGACCCCAGCGAGACCCCGCUUCACCACAGAGGCCCGCAGUCUUGCCGGUACCAGCGCCUGCACAGCCUGCCAAACCCCAGUCAGCAGCCACUUCCACCACUGGGCCAAGGCGCAGAGGUCCCGUUCAUGGAGAUGAGUGUUACUUCUGGAGAACCACCGGCUGCCAUUUUGGUGACAAGUGCCGCUUCAAACACAUUCCUGAUCACCGCGGGAGGGACAAGAAGCCUUGGCAGUCCUGAGAAUCUGUGCUGUGCACACUGCCACAGGGCGGGAGGGACGGGGGGUGGGAGCGGGGUAAAAGUGUGAUCGUUAAAGUGUGUCUGGUAGGUGGACACAGAUGUUUGGGUAUUUUUGAAUGGUGUUUAGGGGAGGGUACCCCUAAAUCACAAUUCUUGGUUGUCCACCCAACAGCACACUCACCAGCCCAUUCUUCCAUAAUAAUAAUGUGUCUAAAUGAUUUUAGAAAGACUUCCUGUUAAGAUCUCAGUCGCACAGUACAGUAUUUAAAUUGCAAAGCAAGGUCUUGAAAGACUCUCAAAGUGCUUUAAUCCCAAAUAGAUCUUUUGUUUUAGAGACGUCCAAGACAAGCCCAUAGACACACACUUGAGUUGGGUUAGUGUUCGUGGUUGGGAGAUCAUGGGCUAUGAAGGUAAUGAAACAAAACUAGACUACCAGAGCAAUAGUAUUGCACUUUCAUUUAAAAAAAUGUGCUUAGACUUCCUGUGGAAUCCACAGAACAAGUGCCUUCCAUUAUCUUUCUAGCUCUAUCUAUCUAUCUAUGUAUGUGUGACUGUAUGCAUGCGGGUGUGUUUUGGCGUACUAUUUAAGUCUUUUUACAUUAUAAAGAUGAACUUACUUUCUUUUAACCUUUGCACUCCUGAUUGGGAGCAGGUGACCCACUCGAUCAACUCUAGAGAUGGUGUGCGCGGCCCCAUCACUUCCACUUUGUAAAUAGAAAGCUUAAUGCUGCUGUUUCAAUAGCACUAUUCCAAAAUACCCCAACCCCUUUCCCCUAAAAUUUAGUGUUUCGUUAAAAAUAAGAGAUGCGAAACCUGUGUAGCCAAAAGCCGCUGCUUGGUGUUGACUCUAGAAGCGGACUGAAAGAAUCUUUUUUGCGAGGACAGAGCUGCUAAUUACCAGCAGUUCAAAUCAGAAUCAGCGAACCUCUUUCAGGGGUAUUGUGAAACACUACUGUCUAUAGACUGGGCCUGGGUGUGGAUUUCUAGAUCCCAGCAAUGGAGCAUUGUCCCUUCCACACUAUCUAUAAUCUUGGCACUGGCAUAAUUCAUAGAAAAUAGCAGUUACAAAAAUUAAUUUGUGUGUUUCAGUAUGGUAUUUUUGUUCCCAUGCAUUCCCCAAUAUAAUCUAUGCAAGAGCACUUUUAAACGGGGAAAUGGUGGGUUCAAUUAAGUUUCCCUUUGUAGACUUAUUAGGAUGCUGUGGAAAAUGUUUCUUGUUUAAGUUACUGUAACUGGUAUGAAAACUUACUUCAGAACCUUGCUACUGUAAUACUGGAUUCAGGCCACCAGGUGUCAGGAUCAGUCCUAUAAUUACCCCCACCCCGCCCCACUUCUGGUACAGCAGAGAGCUCAAAGCAUUGCACCACCAUAAGGAUGGAAAUUAAAGACUAAAAGACUGAGUCCUAUGACCGCCCCUCCCCUUAAAGGUACAGUAGCAUUUGCAGAGUAAUAAAAACCCCUUUACUAAUGGUCUGCACUCAAAGUUUCACAACUUAUCACUAGAUUUAUUUUGCACGUUUUUAUCAGUAUAUGAACCAUAGCUUUUUUUUCUGCACACGGUGUGUUUGUUAAUAGCCUGUAUUAAUCCUAAAACUGAUUGACUACUGCAGAGAAGUUAAUUUACAGUUAGGCUAUGUGUUUGUUGUUUUCUUAUUGUUUAGGAGAUAUUACACAAAGUUUUUGCAACCAGAGCUUUUCUGAGGAUGCGUAACUAAAGUUGUUUUCAUUGUGGGGCUGUUUAUUUUGCAGUUUCACUUUUGAAUUCCUGGUGUGUUCCUAUUCUUUAAUGGACAGUGGGGAGAUAUAACACUGAACAUGUUGUGUCUAGCUUAGCUAGGUCAAUUACUUUGUGCUUGCUUUUUGGAGACAUGCAAAGAAAUCAGAUUCAACGUACCCCUCUUUGGAAGUAAAAACACAGUUAAAAUCCCAUUUAAAAAAAUCAAAAUAAUCCUUUAAAGGGAAAGUGAUUUUUAGCUACAGUAUUUCUUUUUUUGCACAUGCCUGUUGAUUUUUUUUCUUCCUUUUAUUUAUGUAUUUAUUUUCGUGCUUGAAGCCCCAGUUGCCCAUCCCAUACUGCUGUGGGCUUGUAUUAGGGAGCUAACAGACCAAUCUAAUGGGACCAGCUGCAGUGCAAACAGAACUGUACCGUUACCUCCCACAUGUACAGUGGUUCAAAAGACAUUUGACUCUCCCCCCCCCCCCCCCCUGAAGAACAGAUUACAGUGAUAUUUCUCAAACCCUUACCCAGAGGUUUACUAUCAUGAAGGUUUCUGGGCAAACACUGUUUUAUGUUUUGUUUUUUUAUACUGAAGCUGAUAUUUCUAAGCGGUUUGUUGUGGUAAGUUGAGAAUAGAACACUGUAAACAGGCAGGCUGCAUCGUUUCAAAUAGGUACAUUCUUACAUUCAUUCUGUUUCCCGUAAGUGUUACUUAAUGUGUCUGUCUGCACUGCUGCCAAAAUGUAAAUAAUGCAUAAAAUGUAUUUUAAGCUUUUUGUUUCGUCUGCUUGUGAAUGUUUGUUUGUUUGUUUGUUUGUUUGUUUGUUUGUUUGUUUGUUUGUUUUUAAAGGGUCAGUGGUGGUGGUCAGUGUGCCACUCUGCUGUGUACUGGAGAAUAAUAAUAAAGACCAUAUUGAACAAAAAAAACAAGGAAUCACAAACAUGCUGUUCCUGUUAGGCUUCUGUUAGGCUUCUACUAGGCUGAAGGAUUUUUUUUUUAAGUCUAAGAAAAAUAGUAGGGUUCGGGGAGGGAUGUUAUACUGUGGUUAGGUUUAUUUUGUGGUCUGUUUGUUGCCAGGAAUAGAGACAAGUAGCAUACAGGGAUGGAAAUUACUUCCAUUGCAUAGCAGUGCAUUCUCGGUUUUACUAUGAGUUUAAUAAGACAUACCUGAGCUUGGUACGGAAACACUGUGGCUAAUCAAACUCGAAAUAUAACCUGGAAUGGGCGACAUUGCUGUGCAAUAGGAGUCUUACUUUCGUCCCUGGUGUGUGGAAGUAUGUGGAUGUUUGUGUGUGUGUGUGUGUGUGUAUAUAUAUGGUAUUUCAUAGAUUACAGGUUUAUCAUUUCAUAUAAAUUACCAUUGUCUUUUGUAUUAUAACUUACAUUUUUUCACCCAAAUUGAAGCCAUCACUACAGUUACUUAACUUAUCCCACUGUUGAUUAGAUUACAUUGUGGGUUAUUGCACUGCCUGAAUUCUUCACUGUGCGGUUUCAGCCUUUACAAUAAAAGAUCCAUUAUAACUG